AUGUCGCGGCCAUUUUCGUACUCGGCGGCCCCGGCCCCCGCCGGCGGCGCCCACGUCGCAGGCCUGCUGAGACAAGCCGUCUUGUACCACCUCGACAACCUCUCCAACGACAAUGCCCUAUUCUUCGCUGAGCGACUGGCCGCCCAAGACCCGAAGUCGUCCGAGUCGACCUUCCUGCUGGCCCUGUGCCACUUUCACGCGGGGGACUUUUUGUCGGCCUACGGCACGAGCAAAGACGACGCAAAAGCGACCGGGUCUCGUGGGCUCCACUUGGGCCGUGUUUACAUAUUUGCCCAGUCCUGCCUGGCUUUGGAGAGGUUUCGUGAUGGAGCACUUGCGCUGGAGAGAUCCAGGCCGCUGUGGCCCCAAAAGUCGCAUCUCGGGAGGCACUCGGCCGUCAACCGCAGCAUGACCCCGGACGCCGCAACCCUCAACUGCUUGCUUGGCAAACUCUACCGUGGCAUGGACGACAAAAGGCGCUCCGUGUCGUCUUUCGAAGAAGCCUUGAAAGCAAACCCCUUCAUGUGGGAUGCCUUCACGUCACUCUGCGAUAUGGGCGUCAAUAUCAAAGUGCCCAACAUUUUCAGAGUCAGCGACGCUCUUGUUCGCUGUUUGGAGCCGGACUCUGUGGCACCAGAGAAUAGGGACCCCCAACAGGCCAACCCACUAGAGCCGCUCCCCCGGAAAUCGGCGAUGCGUGCUGUUCACAACGAAGCGAUGGACCCUUUCGAUCAGCCUCGAUCCGCGGCUCUUCAGGACAAGAGCGUGUUUGGAAACUUGGGUGAGGGAGAGACGGCGGAAAACGACUUUUUUGCCAAGAUUGCCGCCGCCCGCUCGAGGAUGGCUGCCACCGCCGCUCCAAGCCAAGGCCCCGAGGGCAUGGAAACACCACCCGCUCCAUCUUCAGCGGUGGAUUCGAACGUCUUCCGAACGGCCCAGAACUCGGAAGCACCGCAGGCUCCAGUGAGAAGGUCGAGGACGACGCAUAUUGCUGAACCGCCUUCAGCAGAAGGCCCGCCGAGAAUCAACUACCGCGGUGCGACAAGACGAAGGGAGCGUGUCUUGGAACCGAACGUGGAAGGGCAACCCACAUCCGAGCAAGGCUCGUCGCUUCUCCGAUCAGCUACGACUGCGGUCUCGGGACUCGAUCGAAAGCGGACCAUCUCUGGCCAUCCAGUGCAGCAACGACAGGGCGUUUCUGAGGAGCCAGGGGCCCCGCAGAGGAGAAGCGCAAGGCUGAACAUGUUCAAGCCUGCGACGACGACCAAGCCGGCCGUCGCCACUGCUGCUGCUCCCGCUGUCGCUCCCGCGCGGGAAGUAAAGAAGGCCAGGCCACCCAUCUCGAGGAUCAUGCGACCCGGAUCCGGUGGGUCCAGCGUGGGAAGGGUGGUGAGUGGCAACAGGAAGCCAGUCGAGGAGAACAGUAUGGACGUCGACCAUAUCGAGCCCCCUAAGACAAGGGAGAUCAUGCAACCGCCUCCCCCACCACCAAGGACUGUGGAGUUUGAUGUCGUCAACACGGUUCGUACGGAGGAGGCCCUGAGGAUUCUGCUGGAACUUCUCAGGCGGCUCGGGUCAGGAUACUUGGCGUUGUCACAAUACCAAUGCAGCGAGGCCGUCCAGAGCCUCAGCUCUGUGUCGCGCGCGCAUGCGGACACCCCAUGGGUUCUGGCACAGCUCGGUCGUGCCCAUUACGAGCAGGCAAAGUACGCCGAGGCGGAGCUGUCUUUCAGGCGACUACGUGCUCUCGCCCCUCAUCGGAUGGAGGACAUGGAAGUCUACUCAACGGUUCUUUGGCAUCUCAAAAAGGAGACCGAGUCAUCCUUCCUGGCACAUGAGUUGGUCGAUGCAGCCUGGCACUCUCCAAACGCCUGGUGCGCCCUCGGGAACGCGUGGUCCCUGGCGUCGGAUCGGGAGCAGGCGCUUCGGUGCUUCAAGCGGGCUACACAGCUCGACCCCAAGUUCGCAUAUGCCUAUACACUGCAAGGCCACGAACACUUCCUCAACGAAGAGUACGACAAGGCCUUGACAUCAUACCGGCACGCGAUUGCGGCCGACAGACGGCACUACAACGCUUACUACGGAAUCGGGCGUGUUUAUGAGAAGCUCGGAAACUACGACAAGGCGUACACCCACUUCCACGCGGCGUCGGUGAUACACCCGACCAAUGCGGUCCUAAUCUGCUGUAUCGGUCAGGCGCUUGAGAAGCAGAAGCAAGUGGUCCAAGCGCUCCAAUUCUUCACCAAAGCCACCGAGCUGGCACCCCAGGCCGCGCAGACGAGGUUCAUGAAGGCGCGCGCCCUGUUGGCUAUCGGCCAACUGGGCGAAGCACAGAAGGAGCUGAUGAUCCUGAAGGAUCUCGCGCCGGACGAGGCCACCGUACACUUCCUUCUGGGCAAGUUAUACAAGACCUUGAACGACAAGAACACGGCCGUGCAUCAUUUUACGAUUGCCUUGAGUUUAGACCCCAAGGCAAGCCAAUUAAUCAAGAAGGCUAUUGAAAGCCUGGAAGACGAAGACGGAUUCGAUGAUUCGAUGGUGCCAUGA